AUGGGUCUUGAAGCUGAAUGCACAUAUCCUUCUGCAGCUUUACCAGUUACCGAGGACAGAAUCACCAAGAAGACUGAUGCUCCAUUCCCAGGACUAAUCUCCAAAAAUGCCUCUGCUUUACCCAUAGCAGGCGACAAAAGACUAAGAUCUGCAGACAGUUCUUUUGAACAAACUGAGCUUGUCAAUGAUGUGGUUGGAUUAGCCAUCCAAAAUGAUUCCAACUAUGUUCAGCAGACGGAGAUACCCCAGCAGUCUCCUGCAAAAAAGCAAAAGAUAUCCGAACUCGGCUCUGGAAGUGCCGCUAGGCAAUCUGCGUUGGUACAAGGUCAAAUCAAACCACCAUUCGGAACUGGUACGCCCAGUGGAAGUAGUCGGGCUCCUCCACUGCGUAGUAUAUCUCCUACUCUGUCUCAAGAUGAAACGGAGCUCCGGUGCAACUUGACUACCGAAAUCAAUGUUCAGAGAAUGAAGCAUCGCAAUCUUGCAGCGGGGCCUCUGCGCAACAUCGUGAAGCUACUCAUGAAAGCCAAGGCUGAACGCCCAUCCCCUGAAGCCAUGACUGAUGGAUCAAGUGCUAUGCCAUUGAAUGACGAGUGGCGUGAAGAAGAUGAUCUCAUGAGAGUUGCAACAGUCAAGCUGGAGAAGGGUGGCCGAUGUUCUCGUGCUCUUCUCAGUCGCUUUGAGAAUUUCUUGUAUGGCCCAUUGAUGAGCCCCGAGGAGAAGAAGAUGCAAGAGCGUAUCAUAUGCGUUGAAGAGUGCCUGUCAAGUGCAUCGGCGCCUCCAACAUCCGAUCACAACUACCUGUUCCUCCAUCGCCUACAAAAGGUCAUGCUUCAUCCCGAUGCCUAUGGCUUGGAUGAGACAGACUCACGCCUCGGCUUCCUCUGCAACAAGCUUCUUGAAGCUAUAGCGACUAACUCGAAGUUGAGUCCUUCAAACCGUAAGAAGUUUGCGGAGUUUUUAGACCCAGACGGAGAGAUUGCCAAUGUCAGGGCAAAUAGUCCAGGUGUCAAAGCAGAAACUCCAAUCUCAACAAGGAAGGUGCCACCCAAGCCUACCUCUCCACGCGUGCCUUCCUCAAACACGCCAGGAACACCCUCAAGGACAACACGUCAACAAAACUCUGUCACCUCUGUGUCUCCUUCACCAUCCCAUCCCCCUCCUUUCCCCUCCCUUUCUCUUUCAACAACCCACCCUCCUCCUCUCCCCUCUCGUUCUUCAUCUUUAUCCACAACACCCGUUGAAUCCAUUGAUCUGCCCGAUGACACCAUGUCGUCGUCCUUUCCUUUCAUCGUAAAGCGUACGCCCAAGAAGCGUGUCGCUUCUGGCAGCCAGUCGUCGCAAUCAAACAACACUGCGUCGCCUUCCAUGGAGCCGGUGUCCAAGAAACGUCCUGCUCCUGGGGGCCAGUCUGACGACAUGGCUGCCCCAGCUCCCAAGCGGGCUGCUUCUGGCACCCAGCCGUCAAACUCCAACAAAAUCAUUGCUCCGGCCCCCGAGCGUGCUGCUUCUGGUAACCAGCUGUCAAAGUCCAACAACAUCGUCGCCUCUGCUCCUAAGCGUGCUGCUUCUGGCAACCAGGCGUCGAGCUCCAGCAACAUGAUUGCUCCGGCUCCUAGGCGUGCUGCUUCUGACAACCAUUCGUCGAACCUUAGCAACAUCAUCGCCCCGGCUCAUAAGCGCUCUGCUUCUAGCAGCCAGCCAUUCAACUCCGAAAUCCCGAAAAAACUCUGGAAUGUCUUCAUUGCUAAGCAGGCCUCUUUUCUGCCAAUCCUUAAUCUUGACCAACUCAAAGUUGCUUUCGCCCUUGCCGUGAACAAAGGCAACGUCCAACCCAACGCUAUUGAUCCAACCCUCGGGCUCUGUCUUGCAAUUUCUUGUCACCUCAGUCCCGAUAAGUCCAUCUGUGAGCCCCGAAAAUGGUACGACGCUGCUAUGGCCCACAUCACUGCCAUCCAGAACUCUCAACCCCACUCGCUUGGAUCUUUCCACCAACAGAUUCUCCAAAUCCAGUAUCUCCAUAUGGUUGGCCAUCUGAGAAUGGCCUGGGAAACCUUGUCUCUAGCUAUCGGCAGAGCCCAGCCACUUCGGAUGCAAACCACGUACGGUGGACGUCUUGCCGUGGAUGCGCAGUCUUUGGAGCAGGUGCGCCUAGCAUGGCAGUUUCUGUGGAUGAAGAAGUUGUCUCUCGCCCUUCAGCUUGGAAUUGUUGAUCAAUCCUUCGAAACCUUUUACGAUUUUCCGAUGCCGAUGCAGUCGCAGAUUGAGAAUAACAUGGGAAGUGAGUUGUUGUAUAGCAACAACCGACCCUUCGCCACAUAUUCUUUCUUCGUUGCUUGUGCCUCGCUUUACAAGAACACCGAACAGCUCAUCACAGUCGAAAAUGAUCUACGUCUGACUCGUAUGGAAUGUCCCAUCAAAUGGCUUUCUAUCGUGGAACUUCGCGAUUUCCAGGAACUCAAUCUAAAUCUGUCUAGCUGGAAGAAUGGCCUGCCCAAAUUUCUGGGAUGGAAGGAAUCUAGCAUCGAUUUGACCUUGGAGGAAGACCCGAUUAUCCGCCGCAUGUGUCUUGUUACUCAUGUGAGAUACACGUACUUCCUGCUGCGCCACUACCGCCCUUUCUUUAUCCUGUGUCUACGACUUUCUCGCGCAUGCAACUGUGAAAUGGCUCCUCAUGUGCCCGGCAAGAAUAUGACUGCUCUGGAUAUGAAUCCCCAUCUUGCGCUGGUUCACAAUGCCGCUAUGAAGUGUAUUAUUGCCGCCCAGGACAUUGUCAAAACUCUCUGCGCAUCCUUCGCCCUGGAGAACGAGGACGAUUCGAAGUUUGAGCAACUGGACUACCUGUACGCUGCCUCUCUCGUGCUUAUCGCCUCGCGGAGUUCCCCACUUAGUUUGGUGCAACGAGGGGAAUCUGGAGGCAUGACCAGGUCGGCCACAGCAAUGCAAUCCCAGGUCCGCCAGGUCGAAGCUCUUCUGCGCAACUAUGAAGAGUGCUGCGGAAUGGUGCCUAAGCUUGGCCGGCGUAUCGGCCGCUCUCGGGCUAUGCUAGAUCUGUUAAGUAACACUUCUGGCACAGAAACUGAUAGCUACACUAUCGUCUCUGACAAUGAUAUCCGCCUCCCCCCUGUUGUCUGGCAUCAGAUGUAUGCUAGGUUGGGCCUGGACGUUCCGUUUAGCAGAUUUUCGGAAGAUGGUGAAUCUACUGUUCCCGGCCGUAGGCUGACUUUCGGUUGGCUGGAGAGCAUUCCUGUGGAUCUAGAUUACGAAGCGAAGUAA